AUGAUUUUGUUUCUAUUUCUAAUUUUUCCAUAUUUUUGUCAUCCGGUGUUUUGCUCGGAAGAUUUUUACGAAGUUCUCGGCGUUAACAAAAAAUCGUCUGCCGAUGAAAUCAAGAAGGCUUUUAAAUUUCUGGCCAAAGAACACCACAGCAUAAAGUACAGAAAGACUCUUUACUCACAUAAUCUUGCUAUGCUAAAUUUGGCCUACCAAACACUAAGUGACGAGAAGAAGAGGUCGUUGUAUGACGUCUUCAAAGUGAGCAGUGUCGACUUGGAUUUGUUUCUGAGUGGAAAUGUCUCGUUGGAAGGGGACAGUUUUCAACUGCAGACCUCAAAUAAGAGGGGUCCAGUCGAGUUCAAAAUUAUAGGUGUUACUACUGAGGUAUACGACAAAGAGAUAAAAUCCAGCAGUCACAAACAGCCAUAUUUGAUUUUUGUAUCUAGUAGACAGUGUGAGGACUGCGAUUUGAUGGUGCAACUGUGGCAUGAAUGGUGCAGGAAAUUAUUCAAAGAUGGAGUGAAAUGUGGUGUGAUGAUAAAGGAUGAUGAAGUCACAUUGAUGAGGAGGCUGAGAGCGCCGUCAUCAUCGUCGACGUCAUCAUCAUCAUCCUCGUCAUCACCGCCAUCUCUCGUCGGUAUCAUAAGAGGCAAGUCAAAAUGGCUGACUUCAUUUCCGGAAUCUUACGAAGAGUUGAUCAGUUUCGCGGUGCAGUUGUUUCCAGAGGAUCUUGUCAUGGAGGUAAAUGACCUGACCCAUUUGACCUACUUCCAGCGCUGCAUCGACGAUAAGAACAACGUCAUAAUGUUGUUGUUCGUUAACGGUUUGAAUCCACCGCUAUCUUUCUACACGUCAUUGUUUAACACCAGGUCACAUGUCAGUGGCGCGUUCGUUCAGAUUAAAAACUUGUGCGUAAUCCUCCUAACGAACAAACGCCUCGAACUGCACGACCACCUAUCGACAUUCAAGCAGUACUCGGACAACUACCUCCACAGAGAUAGAGUCCGGUUCGCCUACCUACUCGAAGAAACCCAGAGAACUUUCGUGCAAUUGCUGACUUGGGGGCGGAGCUAUUAUAAUGAGACAGCCAAUUCUUUGAAAGUGGUCAUAAUGUGGAGGAAAGAUGCGAAGACUCUGAACUACGAUCUGUUAGAGGACGGUUGGUUCGGUAGGGUUUCGAACCAGCUACGUGCGAGACGGAAGUUGAAUCAGCAUCUGGAAUGGCUGCUCACUAAUCCAACGACGCUCGCUAACGUUGUAGAGUUGAGAGGCGAGAUUGUCAAUGAACAUUUGAAGAACAUAUGGUACAGAGUUGGGAUGAGAUUGCAACAAUGGAAUGAUGGAAUUGUUGAUUUCUUUCUGGGAAUCGACGAUGCAACGUACAUGAUGAUGCUGAAGACUCUCGUCAUCAUCUUCCUAUUCGGCCUUGGCAUUGGCUACCUCGUCCACAGAGAGUACCAGAUGGUGCAAAGUCAAUCGUCGUCGUCGUCAUCAUCAUCGUCGUCGUCGUUGGCUCGGCCCGAUAGACAGAAGAAUGGAAUGAAAGAGGACAGGCCGACCAUAUACAUAUACUUGCUUGGUUCCGAAAACUACCAUCAGCUUCUGGUUGAGAGCGCGUCGAACAUGCGACUAAUCUUACUGCUCGUUGAUAAGAACUCCAAGGAUAGACUGGUUCAAUAUUUUGGCUCCUACUUGCAACCUUAUGCCAGGUCGUCUGCGUUCAGGUUCGCCAUCUUGGAUCUGAACAAUUAUUUCGGCUGGUACAAGCAGCUGCUGGACAUAACGAUGCGUGUGUCCGAGCACUACAACAUGCUCAAGAGGAAUAUGAACAAUAUCAACGUUAAAAAUUGUCUUGGUCAGUUGGUGUUUAUAUUGAGAAAUUAA